UUCUAAGGUAAAACCCGAGGGACACCGAAACUAACGAAAAUACAGUUUAACAAUCAGCGAUGGUUGACUGACAACUUCCCAGGAGGUGACUGUAAAUUACCAGGGAUGUAGCCUUGCAAUGAGCUGCUGUAGUGUGAACAACUUUAGACCUGAUAAGAAUGCCUGGCCAAAAGAAAAAGCUGUUCCGUGCCAAUAGGUCGCUUGAUCGCACCAUGUCCAUCGACCAACCCUGUCUGGAAAACAUCAAGUUUGGUCAGAUGUCACUGGAUGCGAAUGCGGACCCUCAAGAUAAAAAAAUUGGAGACCCCAACGCCCUGGUUGACGAUGAUUUGCUGGAGUCUCCCAACACUCCAGUCAAGUACCGGCCAUAUUUGGUCAUCGUCAGGGCAACUAGAAGGUCAUGGCCAUCCAGUAAACGUUGCGCAGUUUCGAUGCUUCACCCAGAUAAUAUGGAGGAGGAAUAUGGGGAUCCUACGGACCUGAAAAUGGCGCAUUUAUUGGCUGUCAGGAACAGAUGCCGACGUCACACGCUUGCAAAUGUUCGAGAACGGUUCAAGCUUCAUUCAAAUGGUUUUGACGUUGAGAAUGGGGCGGGUGGUGGAAGAUCCGGACUGGAGGGCAGCAGUCCGUCUGGCGGCCUCAUCCUGCAGAAUCUGCCCCAGCGCCGGGAGUCCUUCCUGUACAGGUCUGACAGCGACUAUGACAUCUCGCCCAAGUCUAUGUCUCGGCACUCCUCCGUUCAAAGCGAGCAGCCUCAACAUGCAGAAGAUCUUAUCGUGACACCAUUUGCUCAAGUUCUUGCCAGUCUUCGAAGUGUUCGUAACAACUACAUCAACCUCACCAAUGUGACAGCAAAGGAAAGGAGUCAUGGGAGUGGUUUGCGGCCUCAACAAAAUCACACAAGCUCCUUGGGAGGCAUUGCCAAGCAACAUGAGAACCCGGGCCAUACCAUGUCACCUUCUCCCAGGUCUCAAUUGGAUGAGGGAUACCAGAAGAUGGCCGUGGAGACCCUGGAGGAAUUAGACUGGUGCCUUGACCAGUUAGAAACCAUCCAGACCCACCGCUCUGUCAGCGACAUGGCUUCCAGCAAGUUUAAAAGAAUGUUGAAUCGAGAGCUGAGUCACUUUGCAGAGUCAAGCAAGUCGGGUAACCAGAUUGCGGAGUACAUCUGCAGCACGUACUUGGACAAACAACAAGAGCUUGAUAUUCCAUCCUUCAAGAUAGAAGAGAAUGAGCCAAACAUUAAAGAAAAGGAGAAACAGAAGGACACAGGGAAACGACGUCCUAUGACCCAGAUAACCGGGGUUCGUAAACUCAAACACACUAAUAGCUUCACUGGGCAAGUUCCAAAGUACGGCGUCGAAACACCUCAUAAAGAAGAGCUUGGAAAGCUGCUGAAUGAUAUAGACAAAUGGGGCGUGGAUAUGUUCAAAAUUGCAGAAUACUCCAACAAAAGACCUCUUACAUGUGUUACCUAUAAAAUAUUCCAGGAUAGAAACUUAUGCAACAUUUUCAAUAUCCCCUCUACCACACUGAUCACUUAUCUCAUGCAUCUCGAGGAUCACUAUCACGCUGACGUUCCAUAUCACAACUGCAUCCACGCAGCAGACGUCACGCAGUCUACACAUGUUCUCCUCUCUGCUCAAGCUCUUGAGAAUGUCUUCACCGACUUAGAGAUUUUGGCUGCCAUUUUUGCUAGUGCCAUUCAUGACGUAGAUCACCCAGGCGUCACAAACCAGUUCCUUAUCAAUACAAGUUCAGAGUUGGCGCUGAUGUACAACGACGAGUCUGUACUGGAGAACCACCAUCUGGCUGUGGCAUUCAAGCUGCUCCAGGAGGAGAACUGUGACAUCUUCGUGAACCUGAGCAAGAAGCAACGGCAGACGCUGCGCAAGAUGUGCAUUGACAUGGUACUGGCGACUGACAUGUCCAAGCACAUGACACUUCUUGCUGACCUGAAGACAAUGGUUGAGACUAAGAAGGUCGCAGGGUCGGGCGUGUUGCUGCUAGACAACUAUCAAGAUCGAAUUCAGGUCCUCCAAAACAUGGUGCACUGUGCGGACCUGAGCAACCCCACAAAGCCGCUGGGAAUCUACCAGAAGUGGCUUGAACGCCUCAUGAUGGAGUUUUUCAGACAGGGGGACAUGGAGCGUGAAAAAGGACUGGACUUGAGUCCAAUGUGUGACAAACUAACAGCCACAGUGGAAAAAUCACAGGUGGGUUUUAUUGACUACAUCCUCCACCCAUUGUGGGAGACCUGGGCGGACCUGGUAUACCCAGAUGCGCAGGAAAUACUUGAUCAGGUCGAGGAAAACCGUGACUUCUACCAAAGUAUGAUCCCCAUAAGCCCGUCAACAAGUUUCUCCAACACAAAACCAGCCGAGGAUCGAACCCCAGAAAGCAAAUUUCAGUUUGACAUUGAAGAGGAGAAAUCGAAUUCAGGGGAUCACAAAGAUUCAGAACAUUUUGUGAAACAUUCAGAGAACGCCACUAACUCAUUGACUGGACAAAAUAGCGGAAACCACUAG